AUGCGUGCGACUUCGUUUGCACUGACCAAUGUGCUGGGCAGCGUCUACGAGCGGGGACCCAUCUGCUUCACUCCUGAUGGCAGCACCUUGCUAAGCCCAACAGGCAAUCGUCUUACCCUGGUGAACCUGCAAACGCAAGCUUCGCGCACUUUGCCCGUCGAGCUGCGUCGCACCAUUGCCAACGUCGCUCUCAAUCCUGCCAGGCCUUACAUUGCCAUCCUGAUCGACGUUGAUGGUCGCGCCGUCCUGGUCAACUUGUACGCAGGAGCGGGAGGAGGCGGCGUGGCCUUAGCCCACAUCAACUUUGGCGCGCCGGUCAGGGCAGUCAGAUUCACUCCCGAUGGCAAACAUCUGGCCGUGGCGCAUGGAAGUCAGAUCAAGGUGUGGCAGACUCCAAGCACGCUGACUCGCGAGUUCAGCCCCUUCGUGCUGCACCGCACCUACACCGGGCACGAUAACGACGUGCUUAGCAUACAGUGGAGUCCGUCAGGCCAGUGAGUAGAGCUUCGGAAAUGCAUGCUCUGCUCGACUACGCAGAGGGACGCGCACCAUGGUCCAAGGUAUUGGGGCGAUGAUGCUUCCAAAAACUGAUUUAAUGAGUCUGCCGAUUGGCAGAGAGCAUACCCGCUCAAUGCUCUGAGUCACCAAUGCCUGGUCAUUGUGCGCUCCCGAGGCGAUGCCCCGAAGCGGCGAAAUACGUUCCCGCAUCUCCUGCUUGCGAAGAGGGCCCGCUGAUGACACAGUGUUGUGCUGCUUCCUGCUGCAGGUUCUUCCUCACCACUUCCAAGGAUCUUAGCGCUCGACUCUACUCUCUCGAUCCCAUUCCCUUCCCUUCUCUACCUGGCACCUCCACGAAUGGAAAGAGGCAGCCGACUAAAUUUAGACCCAAGACUUUUAGCGGGCAUCGCGCAUCUGUCCUCUCGGCGCACUGGAGCGCAGACGAGCGCACAAUCUACACCAUUGGCAAGGAUGGCUCGUGCUUCGUGUGGCGGAUCAAGCCCGAAGAAGAAUCAGAAGGCGAAGAUGAGGAGAAAGAUGCAGACAGUGAUGCCGAAGAGAAGCAAAAUCGAGCCGGGCCAUCUACGGUCAGUCGGUCGCACGACAGUCGCCUCGAGUUGGCCAGAGCACGAUGGGGCAUUGCGGAGCGACACUACUUCAACGCUCAGAGCAUCGGCGUCAAUUGUGCCGACUUCCACCCCGAGUCUUCUCUGCUCGUCGUGGGCUUCGUAACAGGCGUCUUUGGCUUGUACACUCUCGCUGAUGAAGGUGCAUGCACACCACUGCAUACCCUCAGCAUCAGCUCAGAAAAGGUCGCCGCUGUCACCUUCUCGCCCGAUGGAGCUUGGCUGGCGUUCGGAUGUGCAGGCCUUGGACAGUUGCUCGUGUGGGAAUGGGCUAGUGAAAGCUACAUUCUGAAACAGCAAGGCCACUAUGCGGAUGUCCGCUGCAUCGCCUACUCCAAUGACGGUCAAAUUGCCGCUACGGGCGGCGACGAUGGCAAAGUGAAGCUUUGGAAUACCACGAGUGGCUUCUGCACCGCGACAUUCACUGAGCAUUCUGCGACUGUUGCAGCGUUGGAAUUCGCGUCCAAAGGUCAAGUGCUCUUCAGUGCUAGCUUGGACGGCACCGUCAGAGCUUGGGAUUUGCUGCGGUACCGAAACUUUCGCACCUUCACUAGUCCAGAGCCCGUCCAAUUCGGCUGCUUGGCCGUCGAGCCCAGCGGAGAGGUGGUCGCGGCAGGAGGUGGUGGAGCGGCUGCGGACAGUUUCGACAUUUUCACAUGGAACGUGCAGAGCGGCAAGAUUCUCGACGUCAUGGGUGGGCAUGACGGCCCAGUCGCUAGCUUGACCUUCUCACCUAGUGGCAGCGGUCAACUGAUCAGCGCUAGCUGGGACAAGACGCUCAAGGUAUGGGAGGCGUUCCGAGACGCCAGCGCAGACACGGUCGGUCUCACUGCCGAGGCGACAUGCGUAGCCUUCCGGCCGGAUGGAGGCGAGAUCUGCGUUGCUACAUUGGAUGGUCAGAUCAACUUUUUUGAUCCGAGAGAUGGGGCAAAACAGCUUGGAAUACUUGAAUGCAGAAAAGACAUUGCGGCUGGAAGACGCCUCGAUGACAAGGUCACACGACAAGGCAAUGAAGGUGCCGCAUGCUUCACAAGCCUACACUACAGCGCCGACGGUCGGUGCGUCCUGGCCGGUGGAAAUAGCAACUGGAUAUGUCUUUACGAUGUCCGAGAAAGGGUGUUGCUCAAGCGAUGGACAGUCUCUAAGGAUGUCGGUCUGGACAACACCCAGGACAGACUAGAUAGCCGACGACUUACCGCUGCUGGUCCACGAGAGCUCAUUGACGACAUUUCAGACGAGGAUGAACUGACUACAUUCGAGCGGUUAGACAAGUCGCUGCCUGGCGCUCAAAGAGGGGACAUGUCCAAGCGUACCACACGCAAAGCAGCGCGCAUCACGAGCGUCCGCUUCUCGCCCACUGGUAGAGCGUGGGCUGCUGCGAGCACUGUCGGAGUGCUCGUCUACUCGCUUGACCCUCCAACCGCUGCUAUCGGUGUGGGAGCACAUGGUGGCGCAGCAGCAGCAUUCGAUCCCUUGGACCUGGAUAUGGAGCUUACGCCUGCAUCCAUCAUUGCUGCUUGUGCAAGAGGUGAGGCUUUGGGUGCUCUGGUUGGCGCUCUCAGACUGGGCGAAGCGCCGCUGCUAGCCGAAGUGUACGAGAAAGUGCCCGUCAAAGAUGUUCCUCUAGUCGCUUCGCAACUACCUCAAGUGCACGUAGGAGCGGUGCUCAAGCUCGUAGCUCAGCAACUUCAUCCUCAGUCCAACUCUCCGCACGUAGAAUUUCAUCUGCGCUGGCUCGCUGCUCUCCUGACCACCCAUGGCGCAUUUGUUCGCAAGCGAGCCAAGGCGGAUCUGGCCCCUUCGCUGCGCCUUGUGGCUGCUUGCCUAUACGAGCUGCGCGCCAAUGUCAAACGCACUGCGGACGAGAAUUUGUAUGCGCUGCUGCAUGUUUGGGAUGGCAUGCAGAGGAGGGGAGCUGAUCAGGCCUGA